AGCUAGUUGUGACUCAGUAUUAGUUAAAGGAACAUUGUGUGACAAUAUUUAUUUUUAAAAUCUAUUUUCUGACUUAAUUUGUUUUUAAUUGGCAACAUUAUAAUUUGAAAAUGGAACACCCGGCGUUCGUUGAUGCAGGCGCGGAAGCGGGUUUGGAAAUUUGGACGAUUGACAAAUUUGAGCCUGUCCCCAUUGACCGAAAGAAGUAUGGAAAAUUUUACAAUGGUGACUCGUAUAUUGUUUUAAAGACAACAGGCGAGAACAAUUCAACCCUAUACUACGACGUUCACUUCUGGUUGGGCAGUAAAACAACGCAAGAUAAGAAGGGUUCUGCAGCAAUAUGGACGGUGACGUUGGAUGAUCAGCUCGGGGGUAAAGCAGUGCAUCAUAGAGAGGUUCAGGGGCAUGAGUCGAGUUCUUUUGUGGGGUAUUUUCAGCCUGCAAUCAGAUAUUUGGAAGGUGGCAAUGAAUCUGGCUUCAACGAGGUGGAAACAAAUGCUGGUGCUGAGAAGCGCCUGUUGAGGCUAUCUGGCUGCGAUAAUAUGAGAAUUGAAGAGGUACCAGCAGACGCCUCAUCUCUAACAGCAAACAACUGUUUCAUCCUCGAAGUAGAACAUGACAUCUUCGUGCUCAUGCCACAAGGCGCUAAAGCCACGCAGAGACGAAAGAUUAUUAGUGUUGCCAAUAACUUGAGGGACCAGGAACAUAAUGGGAGGGCAACUAUUGAAAUUAUUGACGAAUUCUCAUCGAACGAUGAUUUCGCGAUGUUCUUCGAAGCGCUCGGAUCUGGCUCCAGGGAUGAGCUGAUUGAAGGAGAAGAAUCUAUUGCGGCUUUCUCCAGAGAAAGCAUGACAACUGUAUACUUAUACAGGGUGCUCUAUGAUGAUGAUGUCGAAUUGGACGCUCUGAGCAAACCCUUCAAGCAAAGCCAGCUGGAGUCUGAUAACAUCUACAUAUUAGACACCCCCUGCUCUGGGGUAUACAUUUGGAUCGGAAAUGACGUCGAUGCUGAAGUUAAGAAGAAUUACAAUGACAUCGUUCUGAAAUAUCUUGAUGUGAAAAAUUAUCCUGCUUGGGUGAAUGUAACUCGAGUGUCGGAAGGUUCAGAAAAUAGUAACUUCAAACAAUACUUCCAUAACUGGCAGACUAUCGUCACUUCCUCUGUGAGAGCUCUUGUUAGCGAAUUUGACGUUGGCUAUUUCUCAAGCGACGCUGAUGAAUCAGCAAAUGCUGCGAAAUUUAUUGGCAAGAGUGCAGCAGCGAGAGGUUAUAUGCCAGAUGAUGGUAGUGGUGAAAUGACUGUCUUUAGAAUUGCAGAAGAACCCGAAGAUAUAACUGAGUUAAUAUCGAAAACACCAAUUCUAUAUCAAAACGACGUAUAUGUCAUACAAUAUAAAUAUGAUUCGGAUGGUAAAGAUGCCUAUAUCCUAUAUACUUGGGUUGGAGAGAAAACAGGAAAGGAUACUAAAACAGCAGCAAAAGAGUAUUGCAAUAAAUUGGAAGAAGAGUUAGAGGGAGAUGUGAAUAACGUGACAGUGCCGCAGGGGAAAGAGACAAAACACUUCUUGAAACUGUUUAAAGGAAAAUUGGGAAUCCUCUACGGUGGUAAAAACAAUGAAUACAGUCCAGAUAACUUCAAUCAUUCUUACCAAGAUGAUGGUAUACGGCUCUUUAAAGUGGAAGGCAUAGAGUUAGAAGAGGAUAUGAGAAUAGUGCAAGUGCCAGAGACAACAGAGUCGCUAGAGAACGAUGACGUAUUCAUUCUAGAAACACCGGAAGUUGUCUAUGUUUGGAAUGGAAAGGAAUCAAACGAAAAGGAACAAGCCGCAGCGCUACAGUUCACCAAAACUGUGGUCGGUGAUGAGAGAGAAGUGAUGGCGGUGAUACAGGGUGAAGAGAGUUAUGAAUUUUGGACGGCUUUGGGCGGUGCACCAGCCACAGAAAGCAUAUCGGGUUGGCAACAAGCUGUCACCCGCCGCAUCACAACGCCCGUCACACUGACAGCUGUCAAUGUCACAAUUGGCGGGAAAGUUAAUUUCGAAGAGUUGCCGCCGGAUUUUAAGCAAACGUAUCUCUCAGAUGACAGCGUUUACAUCGUUGAUGGAGGGGAGGAACUGUACUUCUGGAAGGGAAACAACACUCCAGAAAGAGUAAAAGCAGCUAAGGAUAAAAUUAUUGAGGAAUAUUUAGAAGACGAUGGUCUCGACCGUACUGUAGACACCGCUAUAGUAGUAUCAGUGAAACAGGGUAAAGAGCCGGCUAACUUCAAAAAACUGUUCAGAGAAUGGGAUGAUGAAAUGUGGGAGAAUCAAACGUCAUACGAAGAUUUGAAAAACGAAACGAAAGCUGGCAACACCAAGGAAUAAAUUAAAUAUCGGAAUAUUAACCGUUUUAUUCAGUCAAAUGUCAAAUAAUUUUUAUACACUUUAUAUUUUAUAACUGUUAUUUAAAAUCACGCACUAUAAAUAUUAAAUUUAUCGUUAUUAUAGUA